AUGGAAUUGCUUUCAUCUGCUCACUUUAAGGUUGAGCAUCAAGCUUCGGCUUUCUCGUUUGGUGUUCUACCUUACAAUGAAUUUUGUGAAGAAUUUCCGCACAAUCUAAUACCGACUCCAGGAUACUGGAUAGAAUGUUCGAGACAAAAAAUAAAUACGGAUACUAUUUGGGAUGAAAGUGAAUCCGAUCAAGAAGUACACGAAGAAGAUGAAGAAGAAGAAGAAACAGAUUCUGGAAUUCCUUUGGAUAAACAAAAAAAUGAUGGAAAAGAAGAACAAGCUCAAAGAGACAGAUCGAGAAAUCGUGAACUUUGUUUAUUAGAGGAUGACGAAGAAGAUGAAAGCACACCUUUUAAAAAAAAAACUGCAAUUGAAGAACAAUGGGAGAGAAAUCAGGGAUUUGAAUUGACUUCCGUUGAACAAGAAACUUAUGAAAAAUAUUUUUACGGUACGGAGCAUUGGAAUUAUUUUACUAACGAUGAAGAUUUGGGACCGGUUAUUCUCAGCAUAAAACAGGAAACGAUUAACGGAAGAGAUCAGUUUCGGAUUUUGGUAAGAGCCAUCAGCUAUACAAUCCACGGACUUAUACCAGCAUCAUGUGUGUUUGCCGAUCGAUAUAACAGAGAAGAAGUUGUUUUCAUAAAAUCUGAAUUGAAAGUCGGAGUGCUUUACGUGAAAGAAGGACAGUACACAGAAGAAGUCAUUUUGGAUAAUAAUGAUAAUAGUCCUUUGUUCGAAGAAUUCCUUCAAAUUUUAGGAGACAGAGUUAGGUUAAAAGGAUUUGACAAGUACAAGGGAGGCCUUGAUACCGUUCAUGAUUUAACAGGCUUGUAUUCCAUUUACACCAAUUGGAGGUCAAUUGAAAUUAUGUUUCACGUUUCAACUCAGCUUCCUUACGAAAAACACGAUCCGCAAAAGCUUCAGAGAAAACGUCACAUCGGAAAUGAUAUCGUGUGCGUUGUGUUUCUCGAAGCGGACAACACGUCAUUCUCACCCAGCUGCAUAAAAAGUCAUUUCCUUCACACAUUUAUAUUAAUAAGAACUUCACCGAAAAUAAAAAGAAAGCCUACUCGUUAUGAAGUCAGCGUUGUAACAAGAGAUGAAGUUGGAGCCUUUAAGCCUUACUUGUGGGAACAAAGCGUUUUCGACAAAGGACCUUUAUUUCGAGAAUGGCUCCUAACAAAAAUUGUAAACGGUGAAAGAGCCAGUUAUUCGGCUCCAAAAUUUGCAAGAAUGCAAGAGAGAACGAGAAGUCAAAUGCUCGAAGAUAUAGUCGCUAAUUUAGCCAAUCACGCAGAGACCGGUCAAAUUCCCAAGCCUUACAGGCGGGGUUCUUGGCGACCCAUUGGACACAUGCGUCCAAGUAGUCCACUAUUAGAUUCGGUUCGGGACAAUUUCGAAGAUUACGAUUCACUCGCCAAAGAUUUCACAAAAGUUUUUCUUAAUAGUGAGACAAACAUUUCAAUUAAUUCUAACCUUUUUGACGUAACCUUCCUAGUCGGACAAUCUAAGCAAAAGACGAAGUUUAUCGGUGUUCGGGCUAUUUUAGGUGUUCGAAGCAGAGUAUUUCAAGAAAUGCUCUACGGAAUCCAGACUGGUUUCGGAUCACCUCAAGUGCCAGUUGCUGAAUUGUUGGCACGUGCCGUUCCUACAUUACAUUCGCCGCAAAAAACAAAAAGCAGCAACUUUUUACAAGUUCCAGAUAUAGAAUCACCCAGGCCGAAAAGUGUUCCUAGUUCUCCGAUGGUGAAACGAGCCUUUUCAAGACUUGGAACUAUAACUGCCGGUUGGGGAAGAUCAAUUCGAAAACAACAUUCUCAUUUAUCCGCGGAAGACAAGAAAAAAUGGUCUUCUUCGCAAGAUUAUAAAGACACCAAAGACAAAGAAAAAGAAAAAGGAAACAUUCCUCAGCUGGCUGUGCCUAGAUUAUCUGUUUGUGCGGACGCUCAAAAAGUAGAUCGUGCAAAACUCGCCCAAACGGAAUUUUCAAUCAUUGAAUUCGAUCCGGACACGUUUAGAACUCUUUUAGAUUAUCUUCACACCGGAUCCUGUCCUUUGACGUGUACAAACAUUCCCGGAUUGAUAUGUGCUGCUGAACAUUACGAUUUACCCGAACUUUUACAGGCUUGCUUUCAUCAUGCAAAACAAUUUUUAAGAAUAGACGUGGUUUGCACAAUGCUUUGUUCCCUGGAAAAUUAUUACUGGAGAUACACUUCAGCAUCCGAAUUGGUCAAUAUGAUAUUAGCCUUUGUCGAAACUAGAGCGCAUCAAUUAUUUCAAGCAUCUGAUUUUUUAACACUCAGUGAAUCCAUGGUUCAAAUGGUCAUGUGUAGAAAUUUAGAGGUGCCUGAAGUAAGAAAAUUCGAAGCCAUGCUAGCUUGGGCAAAAAAUAAAAUAAGAACUAAAACGUCGAGCAAAGUCGAUGCGAGAUUGGAAUUUAAAUGCAUAAUGGAAAGGCUCGCGAGAGAUUUGAAAUUGUACAGGAUCACACCUCAAGAACUCAUCAAGAUCGUUCUCCCGAGCAAAGCAAUCAAAAACGAAAGAAUAUUGGAAACGUUAAUGUUUCAAGCGAAUUCAGGUAUGUAUAGAAUACAGGAUAGUUACAUAAUAGAAUGUCAACAAAGACUUCAAAAACAAGAAAGUAAACUUUCCGAAUGGGAAAGUUUCGAUUACGGAUUCUAA